ACCAACAUCUCUCGCCUCCGUUCCCAGUCUUAAAUUAAUUUUAUGCACUUAAUUUAGCUAAGAAUAACUAAAUAAUAAUAAAUUAUCUGCAUAAAGUCCUUACAAGUAUAUUGAGACAAUAAUUCUCAUAAAUCGUGCCAGGCUGAAAUUAAUCAUAAAUAUUCAUGUCAGGGUCUAGGACAUAGAAGUUUAAUUACGAAGCAACGUCUCCAACGAAAAACAAUAUGGCCGCUGAUGGCGCUGGAAUGUUGGGAGUUCGUUGGAUAAAAAAAUAGUGUAGCAAGUGUUUAUUUAAAUUCUUUUGUGAGUUUGUGUUCAGUAAGUUAGUCAGUUUAGUGAAUUAGUGAGUUGUGUUAGUAAGUGAAUCAGUGAUUUUAGUGUGUUAGUGAGUGAGUUAGUAAGUGAAUCAUGAUCCUGAAAUUAGCCGAUGUCGAAUUAUUUUAUGAGUGAAUGUAGCAGACAUCAGAUAAAUUUAAGCUUAUUAAUAGACAAAUCAAAAAAUUAUUAGCUGGCUAAUUUCAGUAUCACAGUGAAUCAGUGAGUUUAGUGUGUAAGUAAGUGAACUAGUGAUUAGAAAAGUGCGAAGUUUGUCGUUAAGUGAGAUCGCUGAUGAAUCCAAGCUGCAAAUUCAACAUCAUGGCCAAGUUUCCCAGAGAUCCAAGGCACGGUGCACUAACAGUUAUUUGGAGGAAGCUGAAUCGACGUAACGUUCCACGGCAGAAUGGCCAGUUGGUCGUUGAGAGCUGUGCUCCUGUCCAGCGCUCUUAUCCUCGUUCGUGGUCGAGGAACACUGCUGGACAGCCAAGGGCCAGUUUUAACGUCCGAGCCACGAUCGACAGUAGAAUUUUCCAAUGACACAGGAGCAAUGUUACAUUGUUCAGCUCAUGGGAGUCCAGGACCGAGAGUAGAUUGGUUAAUGGGUGAUGGCUCGCCUGUGCAUCCUAUUCCCAACAUCCGAGAGAUACUAGUCAAUGGUUCAAUGUACUUUCUGCCAUUUGGUGCUGAAAGCUACCGUCAUGACGUUCAUUCUGCCGUGUACAGGUGCCAAGCGUCCAACAGCGUGGGACGAGUGCUUGGGCGUGAAGUUAAUGUCAAAGCUGUGGUUCGUCAGAAGUACCAAGUUGGAGUUAAGGACUCCCAUGUACUAGCGGGAAAUACUGGAGUCUUGAGAUGUGACAUUCCAACACACGCUAAGGAAUACGUUUCUAUUACAUCUUGGGUUCAAGACUCAGCUUUUAAUAUUUAUCCAGCUCCUGAAAGUGAUGGAAAGUAUCACAUGCUACCCACUGGCGAACUUCUAAUUUUCUCAGUAACCGCAGCUGACACUCAUUACGGAUAUCGAUGUAGAACCGUCCAUCAUGUAACUGGAGAUACCAUUGAAAGCUCAAAUCAUGCCCGGCUUAUAGUCACAGAGCAUCGAAAUCCAGAGCCCCCGCGUAUCAAUGAACGAAUGAAUCCAUCCCCAGUACGUACAGGAGAGACAAUAGUACUAUCGUGUAUUUCUCAGGGUGGAAAUCCGCCACCGAUGUACUCGUGGUAUCGGGAGUCAAUUGGUGGUACUGAUGCUAUAGUUAAUUCUGAGAGGAUUCAUGCCAGAGGGGGCGUACUCAUCAUUCAAUCAGCGAGAGUUGAAGACGCAGGUCGUUAUGUAUGCCAUGUUAACAACACUGCUGGCUCUGAACGAGUUGAGCUUGAAGUCUCGAUUAUUAGCAGUCUUUCUAUUCAUCUAGCUCCUCAACAAGUGACUAUUGAUUUGGGUAAAGACGGAAAAUUUCAAUGCGCGGUGACAGGACAACCGACUCCGAUAAUAACUUGGGCGAAAGAUGGUCUUCCGGUGAGAGAAGGUGCUGGUAGAAUAAAAGUACUUGGUAAUGGUGGAUCAACUCUUCAUAUAUCCUCAGUGACGAGGGAUGACAAAGGAAUGUACCAAUGUUUUGCCAAAAAUGACUAUGAGAUGGUUCAAGCUACUGCCGAGCUUCGAUUAGGCGACGCUGCUCCACAACUUGUAUAUAAAUUUAUCGAGCAGACUAUACAGCCAGGACCCAGUGUUUCCCUGAAAUGUAUUGCGACUGGAAACCCGACGCCACAUUUCACGUGGACCCUAGAUGGAUUUCCUCUGCCUCAAAAUGACAGAUUCAUGAUUGGACAAUACGUGACAGUACACGGCGAUGUAAUAUCACAUGUAAACAUAAGUACUGUGAGAGUUGAAGACGGAGGCGAGUAUCGUUGCUCAGCAGGGAAUCGCGUAGCCAAAGUUCAUCACGCAGCCCGUCUAAAUAUCUAUGGUCUGCCGCAUGUCCGACCGAUGGGAAACUAUGCCGCGGUGGCAGGUGAAACAACAGUCAUAAAAUGUCCCGUUGCUGGAUUCCCGAUCGCGAGUAUUACAUGGGAAAAAGAUAGUCAAGUUUUACCAACAAGUAGAAGACAAGAAGUGUCGUCAAAUGGUACACUGGUUCUUCAUAAUGUAGACAGCAGUACAGAUCGCGGUUCUUAUACAUGUACUGCAAAAAAUAAACAAGGUCACUACGACUCUCAAACAGUACAAAUAGAAGUAAAAGUUCCACCUAGCAUAGCUCCUUUUAGCUUUAACAAGGACCUAUCAGAGGGUGUGCGGGCACAAGUGGCCUGCGUUAUUGAAAAGGGCGACCCGCCAUUUACGAUAAUAUGGUCGAAAGACGGGGAAUCAAUUGCAACAUCAUCCCCAACAAAUUUUGGAUCUGCUAGUACAACAGUUACACACAAAAACAACUUACCGAGCAACGUUGCUGGAUUACGUGUUACCAGCAUGGAUAUUCACUCCAGUACCAUCUCAAUCGACCGUGUUACUGCCGCUCAUGCUGGCAAUUAUACCUGCAUUGCACGCAACUCCGUUGCCGAAGUUUCUUCUACUGCCCAAUUAGUUGUUCGUGUACCUCCUCGUUGGGUAAUGGAGCCGCAAGAUGUUCACGCACCAGAAGGCAUGUCCAAACUGAUGCUUCAUUGUCAUGCCGAUGGGUUUCCACCGCCUUCUGUCACAUGGCGUCGUGGUACAGGAACUAGACCUGGCAGUUAUCAUGACAUUGCUAGUCAUGAACAUGCACAAGAGCUGAGAAUUCAUUCAAAUGGAUCACUGGUCUUUGGCCGAGUUCAAGAGGAUCAUGAGGGCUACUAUCUAUGUGAAGCUGUUAAUGGAAUUGGUGCUGGACUUAGCAAAGUUGUUUAUUUAACUGUUAAUGCUCCAGCCCGUAUUGUAGAGAAGCAUCGCAAUCAAACAGCUCGGCUCGGCUCAAGAGCUUCUCUACGUUGUGAAGCCAAGGGUGAUCAUCCGCUAAACAUUGUAUGGAGGCGAGCUGGCUCGCAAUUGGAACCGGCGGUAUCCGAUUAUCGGUAUAUGGUUAAGGAAAUGAAUACCACAGAUGGUGCUGUUAGUAUUCUCGAGCUCAUUAGUACUUCUAGAGAGGAUAGCGGUAGAUAUUUUUGUACAGUAUCAAAUGCUUAUGGCGGUGAUGAAAUGACUAUGCAUUUGUAUAUACAAGAACCUCCGGAUUUCCCUAGGAAUAUCCACGUAUUAGAGAAAGGAAGCCGUUACAUUAAAUUAGGGUGGACUAGUAGUCAAGAUGGAAAUAGUCCGAUUACUCAAUAUAUUAUUGAAUAUAAAACAGAUUCAGAAAUUUGGCACGACCACACGUUCCACGCGACAGUUUCUGGAACGCAAACAUACGGUCAUGUGAAUGGUUUGCGGCCUGCUACAAGCUAUCAGUUUCGGGUAUUUGCUGAGAACGAAUUGGGUCGUAGUCAAGCGAGCGAUAUACUCGAAGUAACAACAGACGGUGAAAAGCCUGGAGGACCGCCACGCAAUCUCAAAGUCGAACCAAUUAGUUCAACUGACUUUAAAGUCAGUUGGGAUCCGCCUGAUCAAGAUCUAUGGAAUGGAGAAAUUCUUGGAUACCACGUCGGCUUCAAAGAACACAGAUUAUCUGCUGAGCAGUAUACAUAUAAGACAGUAGAAGGACGUCCAAUAUCAGCGAGUGCGACUUUAGGACUUGCGCGAACUGCCAUUCCCGGUCGUCAAUGUCAGUUGACAAAUUUACGAAAGUAUACACGUUACAGUGUAAUUGUCCAAGCAUACAAUGCGUUGGGACCGGGACCAAUGACUUCUGAAGUUGUUGCCACCACCCUCGAAGACGUGCCGAGUAGCCCGCCUCAAGAUAUACGAUGUACAGCAUUAUCUUCUCAAUCACUUCAAGUAUCUUGGGAAGCACCCCCGGAUACAAGUUUGAAUGGAGUUCUUCGAGGUUUCAAAGUUAACUGGGAGAGUAUGGACGCAGUUACUGAGACUACUAAAUACGAUACUAAGAUAACAACGGCGCUGACGAUUGUUAUAAACAGCUUGGAAAAGUACACAAAUUAUUCGAUACAAGUUGCGGCAAUGACCCGGCCCGGCGAUGGCGUACCAUCAGCUCCAAUUUAUUGUAAAACGAAAGAAGACUUGCCAGAAGUACCUGCCGGUAUUAAAGCCGUUGCUAAUUCGAAUGAAUCAAUAAUUGUGUCCUGGUUACCACCGUUGAAAGCGAAUGGCGUGAUAACUUCGUACUAUGUUUAUAUUAAAAGUGAAGAUACUGACGGCAAGUGGUACAAGCAGACGCUUAAGGCGCACAAAACAAGUUACAGAGCUGAAAAUCUUCACAAGCGAACCCAAUAUUCAUUUCAUGUUGCUGCUGUUACGUCUGUUGGUGAAGGUUCUAAGACACCAUCUGUUACUGCAUCCCCUUCUAGUCAUGUGCCUGCAGCAAUUUAUUCAUUUGGAAUGAGCCCGAUUGUUCCGUGGAAACAAGAUGUUACUUUGCCAUGCCAGAGUGUGGGAAAACCGUCACUUCUAUGGAAGCAAUGGGGUCAAGUAGUUAAAGCGUCCGGUAGAAUAACGAUUCAUACAGACGGUUCAUUACAUAUUACUGAUCUUCAUCGUGAGGACAGUGGUAAUUACACUUGUCACGUUGAAAAUCAACAUGGGUCUGAUCAAAUUACUCAUAAGUUAAUUGUUCAAGUACCGCCAUCAGCUCCGCUACUUCUCGCUACAAGUACAACAAGUAAUUCAAUAAGUGUCCAGUGGAAACCCGGUGACGACGGUGGUGCACUUACACGAGGUUACAUACUUCAUUACAAACGUAAAUUCGGAGAAUGGGAAGAGGUCAAAGUGUCACAUAAAAUAAACGGUUAUUUAUUGUCACAACUCUGGUGCGGUACUGAGUACCAGAUAUAUCUCACUGCCUACAAUAGAAUUGGUAUGGGUUCGCCCAGCGAAUUUGUCAAAGCAACAACAAAGGGAUCUAAGCCAGCAAAUUCCCCCGGCAAUAUUGAAAAAUUUAUCACCGUCAACGUGUCAUGGAUUGUUCUACAUCUAAGUAUUUGGAAUGACGGUGGUUGUCCAAUCACGUGGUUUGAACUCGAGUACAGAAAAAAUAAUGAAGAGUUAUGGACACUUGUGUCCAAUAAUAUCGAAGUUCAAAAAUCAUACACAUUAAGUGAACUUCAGCCAGGUACUAGUUAUGAUAUACGUGUAAGAGCUCACAAUAAUGCUGGUUCUUCAGUUGCUGAGUAUAAAAUAACAACACUUCAGCCUCAUAUCACUACAACACUGCCUACUGUGGAAAUAGAUCAAUAUAUUCCACAACAAUCUUCCGUGCUAGCUGAUUUAAAAUUAAUAGUACCAUUGGUUUUAUGUUCAUUUGCUAUUAUUGCCACUGCUGGUGCUGUAUUUUACUGUUUUAGAAAACGUCCUUUGUUAGGCGACAUUGGCAGCCUUCACGAUGCUCAAACAGCCGCUGCGCUGGACAAUAAACAAAAUAUGGAGCAGCGAGAACAAUAUUACGCGACUGUACGGAAACCAUUGAGAUCACCAAUCCAUGAAAUGGGAACUCUUGAACGUAUUCCUGAAUACUCGGAAGAUAUCUACCCGUACGCGACAUUCCAAUUGAAGGAAAGUGUCCCAGCCGGUGGAGAUAGUCGUUGUGAUUCGGCGGCUCCACUUCAAACUUUUGUUUAUCAUGACCCAAGACUCUCUACUGCCGACACUCUACAAUUACGUGAGUCGGAUUGCAACCGGUACACUAAGGUGCGCGGAGGCCGUUCGUCCUCUGCGCCGUUGCAUAAAACCCACAAGGUCAAUCAGGGCAAGUCCGAGUCGGAGGAAUACGACACCCUGGGCUCGGACAGCGACACUGAAGUCGGGACCAGCAGCCGAACUGAGUCUUCCAAUCACCUCGUCGAUUCGCACCACUCGGCUUUUGCAACUGACGCGCGUGUUCACAACUUCUUGUACCAUGGACCAGAAUCUAGCACGUCUACGGAACCCUCACCGAUUUUUGAGAGAAAAUCGUUUCCUGGAAGGGGACGACCCAAGAUGUUACAGUUGGCGCGUUAUACCGGCGAGGAGACCCGUACAAGUUUCGGGACAAUCCCCAGGCCUGGGAAUCCCAAGCACCAGCAGGGUAAUAGGACCCGGGAACAGCAGGAGCGUGGGGAUGCAGGAUCAGGAAACCUGUUCAUCGCCAAAUUGGACCCACCCUCGGGGUUCUCCGACACGCUCGAGCUAAGUGAGGCCGAGUGCGACCUCGAUCGUGGUCACGGUGCCCAGCGAAGACGAGACUUCGUUAUUGCGGUGUAAAUAAUUGUGCAAAUGCUAUUUAAUAUUUAUUAUUAUUAUUAAUAUUAUUAAUAUAUUGGAGCCGAUUGAUGAGAUAGUAAACAAAUUUAAGUGAAAGAGAACCUCGAGUGGAAAAAAUAAAAUAAUUAAAUGGGAUUUUGAAACGAUAAAUGUAAGAAAAAAUAUCAACUUAUCUUAUACAUCAAAUUGUUCAUCUGUCCCUCCGUUAAAUAAUUAAAGUACUUAUGUAAUUUAUGUCUUAAUUACAUAAUGUGUUAUAAGGAAAAAUUGUUCACCCACAUGCUCACGUUUUAAACUAACGAAUUGACUUAAACGAAAACAAAUUAAAUUAAAUGUUAAUCUAAUUAAUUGAUUAAUUAAUUAAUUAAAAAAAACUAAAUCAAUAAAAACGAAAUUUAUGUAAAGUUAUUUAAAUUUUAAAAUAAAGUUAUUUAAAAGACGUAGCCAUAGUUUUGGCGCGCACGGCACUAACUUUUAAAUCGUAAGUUUAAAACAAAAAAUAAAAAUAAAUUUUUCAUGUCUUGGAUUCGUAUUCUAAUUUAAAAAAAAAACCUUUUUAAAAAAAAUAAAA